AUGGCAUUUGCUCGCGCCCUUGGUGUGAUUCAAUCUGUCGGACGAGGAGCUGGCAUCACGGAGCAGAGCGAGCUCUACGAUCGCGGCCAAACAUUCAGUAUAAAUGGAAGUAACUAUCGAGUGGAGAAUGUCAUUGCCAAGGGUGAUUUCAACGUUGCUUUCAUUAUUUCUUUCAAUAUAAGACAUCUUUUAGGUGGAUUUGGCACUGUUUUCCUGGCGACCAACAACAAUGGAUAUGUCGCCGUGAAGAUUAUGUUGAGCCAUGAUGCAGCAGCGACAAAGGACAUUGACAAUGAAAUUGAGAUGAUGAAAAAGGUACGACAAAUUCUGACAAGUACGGAUCGAAUCACCUUGUAUUUCAGCUACAACAUGAGAACAUCAUAGUGCUUUUUGAUGCUUCUAGUGAGAAUCGGAGUUCAAAUCGUUCGGUCAAGGAGUACAAAAUAGCAAUGGAAUAUUGUAGAUGUGAGUCGGAAAAGUGAUCUGACUCAAAUCAUAUAAAUCACAUUCACACUUCUACAUUUCAGUUUCAAUCGCCGAUGUUCUACUCAAAUACAAAGAAGUGGCCGUGGACUUCGUGGUCCGCAUAAUUCAUUUCACAACCCGAGCAUUGGUCUAUUUGCAUUCCAACGGAAUCAUCCAUCGGGAUAUAAAAGCCGAAAAUCUGCUCAUCAACGGAAAAGGUUGGUUUCCUCGUCCGCGUGCUUCCGAUUCAAUUUACUUUACACUAUGUUAUUUAUAGCCAAACUAAAGCUGUGUGAUUUCGGAAGUGCGACGACGAAAUCGAUUGAGAUGGCUCCACUUUCGAAUAGUGAGAGAUUAGCCAUUCAGGAAGAGGUUAUCAAAAGAAGCGGAUGAUGUUUGGACAAAUGCAGUUUCAGAUGUUCAAGUACACGACGCCGAUUACCCGGUCACCGGAAGUGUGUGACGUCUACUCGAACUGGCCGAUUGGAAAGCAGCAAGACAACUGGGCAAUGGGAUGUCUUAUCUACUUUGUCUGCUUCGGAGAGCAUCCGUUCGACGGCUCAGCACUGGCUAUCAUCAACGGAAAGUACAAGAAACCACCGCCAGUUCAACAAAAUCAACUUUCCGCAUUCGCCGAACUCAUCGGUGAGUUAUUCUUGGACUUGACUCCUUAUUCCUUAGUAAUUUCAUUUUUCAGGCAAAUGCUUGACUCCAAAUCCAGAAGAGCGGAUAACAGCCGUGAAAAUCGACGAGUACAUGAAACUUGCAAUGCAGAAACAACCGAAACUUGCUGCCAAAACCGAUUUUGUAGAUAUAUUAGAAUUGAUGAAGAACUCGCCGACGCAAACCGAGCAAGGAGUAGAGUCGCAGGCGGCGAAGGGAUUCUUUAAUAUGCAGGACAAACUGUUUUCGAACUUGAACUCUUUGAAGAAUACUGUUGUGCAGCAAACGAACAAAAUGGGCUGGGGCGUUGAAUUGACUCCCUCUCCGCGGCCACCUCAGCCCGCAGUUUCCCCAAAGCCAACUCCGAAACUGCCGAGAGCUCAGCAAGGUUUGCAAAAUUUCACUGGAAAAUGGAAGUGUAACGUGACUUUUCAGAAACACGACCUCCACCCCCUCGCUCACCGAACCCGUCACUAACACAACCAGCGCCAUCUCCGUCCCCGGCCCCGGUCCCAGUAGCACAUGUCGUUUUCGAAGCCUCUUGGCCAAGCGACACUGGUAGCAUCGUGGCUGCCAGUGACUGGGGAGAUUUCACCCAGGCUCCGGCCAUCGCCCCCAAGAAAAAGGACGUUUUCGAUCCAUUCGCCGAGCAAUCAUCGCCAAAACUGACUGCACAUCAUAACGAAGACUUGCUUUCCUUGCACUCCUGGCCAGGAACUGGUAAGUUACAGUAUAAUCGAGUGAAUUCAGCCGACGAAAUUCAUUUUCAGUAGAACACAAACCGGAAGUUCGGUCUCAAUCUUCAAAAGACCUGUUUGAUUUCGACGAUCUGAUGCUCCGCCACACAAAUCCCUCAUCCUCAUCGUCUCAAUCUGGUAUGGCUAUCUGACGGUCGUUUCAGUUUAUUACAACUUUUUCUAAUGAAUCAUUUGGUUGUACAUAGUGCCGUGAUUCAUCCAAUGAAACCAACCAAAAAAGAAGAUAUCCCCCCCCCCUCUCAUUCAAAUCUUAUCUUCCUUUUUCAGUUUUACAACCAACACGCCAAAUGGAGAACAAGAACUUGACCAAAGUCGACAUUGCGAAAAACGGAAUCGGUUCGUCAUCCUCGUCAACAAGUCUUGAUGACAUGGUUAGCGAUAUGAUGAAAAUGACAACGACGAAAAAGUGAACUGAAAUUGUAGAAAACUAAUCCAUUUGCAUUCAAUAUCAUGUAUUUUCACUUUGAAUCCUGUGAAAUUUCAAACUUUGCCAAUAAGUGUGCAUCUACCCGCACCUCAUUUUUAUAGGAUUAUGAAAACAAUAACUAGUGAACGAGUAAAAUCAGACUUUUCCCUCCCCAACUCCUGUCUUGUGAGCCCCCAUCUUUCAAAACCUUCUCAUCCAUUCCUGCAUUAAAAAUGAAGAUGAUUCUAAAUGAUUGACGAUUCGAUAUCUGCUGGUCUUGGAAGUUAUAAAUCUAUCGAGGAACACAUCGUUUAGAACGCAAUGACCUACUUCAAUUAGGAUAUCGCUAGAAUACACGAGUGAAGAUUCCGCUGCAUCCAAUGCCUAAACAUCUUCUCGUAUUCAUAUUCCUCUUCACUUUUCUAGUUGCACCCGCAUCGUCCAUCUAUAAAUCCAAACAGAAGCCAAACUUGUUGUCAAAAACUGUCGAGAACAGCAUCACCUGCGACUUUUCCAUCCACAAGAAGGGCCCGAAUGGCCAAAUUGUCUCCGGUAAAUGAAUCAAUUCUUGAAGAGUUUUGCUAUUAUAAACUUAUUACAGGGGCAUCUCUUGACGAUGAAAUUUACUAUAAGAUAAAGUGUAAACCAAUCGCCGGAAACUGUCUUCAAGUGGUCAACUGCACCUUGAGCUCUGAUGAACCUGGAUUCCAACCAUAUCCAAUCAUAAAUGAGUCGGGAUGUAGUCUGGAAGACUCACUUUUCAAAAAUGUUCAGGUGCGACCUUGAUUUGUCGAAUCAUUAAACUGACAGAUUGGACUUUCAGUACCCGAACCACUUCGAGGCCGGAAUAUUCAACCCGUUUCCAAUUCGGUUCCGUGCGUCUUCAGCGGCCGUCGUCUUGUUCUGUGUAACAACUGUGGUUCCAAUUGAACAUGGAAAGUGUACUCGCAGACAAUGCGAAUGAAGAAGAAACUUCAUCGAUUCCUAACGUCCUCUUCUUCUUAUUCUUUUCACUUUCCCGCCUUUUUUUCGGUUUUUUGGUAACUUAUGAAUAUUUUACUCUUCACCAACGCGCUGAAAAAAUACACGCCUGUUUACUAAACACUCUCGGAUUAUUGUGUUUACUCGCAUACAAAACGAUUUAUGCAAAUGUCUGUCUGUACUUGUACACAGUGUACAGCUGAAAAUCAUACGUUGUACUAAUACUUUUUUUUGCGUCACUGAUUUUUUGCAACGCCCUUGAACUCUCAUCACGCAUUAAAAAAAAGCGGUGACACCGAUUCGAUAAAAUAUGGUUGCGCGACAGGAUCCGACGCGAUUCUAUCCGUGAAUUGCAUCACCGAUCGGGGCGCGGCAUGUGUCCUACUAUAACCGGAGUAAUUCGGUCAAUCGAUUAACCAGCGCAUGCAAAAUUUGGCGGAUUUCUCAUGCGCUUAUUGGAAGAGACUGUGGAUAAUUGGAAUAUAGGAAACGCAGAACAAAUCCCGUAGUUGACCGGUUUUUAGGAAAACGUCCCGCUCUCAGUCACCUCUGGAUGUUCACUGUUAUGAAUUAUGGAGAAGAAAAGCAGAAGCGACCUUUCGGAAAGUGAUCCAAAGUUCAUCAGAACAUGUGUCGUAUCUCUUCUGAUGAUCCAGUUUCUGCUUCAGUUUAUCUAUGACCCAACAGCAGAUCGUGACCGUCUCUUCCUUCUCUCUCUCUCUCUCUCUCUCUCUCUCUCUCUCUCUCUCUCUCUCUAUCUAUCUUCCCAACUCGGUCACCGUGAUCGACCUCUUUUCAAGUGUUGUAAAUAAGAUCAAUUAGCUACCGGUUCAGAUGAGAACGAUACUCGUCUUGCUUCUUUUUGCUCCUGUCGUUUUUUCAACUAGGGAAAAGAGACAACGUAAGUAGAGAUGGAACCAAGAACCAAUGACAUUUUUAGUAUUUCAGUCUCAAUUGAUGAUAUCAUUUCCGGUGCUUUGAACUUGGUCAGACCGAUUUUUGACACCUCGAAACCCAUUCAAAAUGAGGCAAUGCUGAGAAAACCAGUGAGAAUUAAACUUUUUGAACUGCAUGUUGUAAUAAAACUUGUUUUAGGAAACUCCAACGCAAGAUGACAUGCGAGAUUCUUCGAUUCUUGGUUCCCAUUCUCGAACGGCUCUAGAUGAUGUUCCGUUGUGCAAGGGAAGCAGCAAGUGAGCAGUUCCGGCUAAUAGGUCAAAUUUCAUUUAUUUAGCAUUUGCCGUUUCAUCUCCUGUUCCGCCGAGAAUUUCAAGAAAGAUCCAACUUUCGGUAACAUCCAGCUAGCCGCCCAGAUUCUCGGAGACGCGAAACUUCGCAAAACUAUUAGCAGGUUGACUUUUAAGUUCAAGAUAUAAAUAUAUAUCUUCAUUCAUUCCAGCAACACUGAUGCAGUUCAAGCGGUUUGUAAAGAACAGGGAAUGGAUGACGCGCAGUGCAAGUUGUUCUCGAAAGGUUUCCAACUCAUUGACAAGUAACUCUAACUAACAUGUAAUGUUUCUAAAAUUUAAAAAUGUUUUUGCAGGUUCAUGACCUCAAUUGAGAAGCCGACCGAACCAAAAGGAGGAGCAUCUCCAUCGACAGAACCGCCUACAACUACUGCAAUUCCGGAUUUCGACGAACCAUCGAAUGAUGAACCACUGCCACAAAAACCGAUGAUGAUGGAUGAUCCAACUACUCCUCAAGAUGACGAUAACAUGGUUUUCAGAGACAUAAAACGGUUAUUUUGGAAAGUGACUAAUUUCAGAAACGUUGGGCAGACUACGAUAGUCGUGCUUCUGCGCCUGCCAUAACAAUUCAGACAGCUCACGGUUCAAAAACUUGGAGCAGCAAUCCGGAAACGAGUUUGUGGAAUGAAAUAGGGCCGUCAAGUUCCAUUGAGCUCAAUUUUCAGAAUCCCUACAACCAUUAGAAAUCAGAAACGAUCUGAUCUCCAGCUGGACACCUUUGCCGUUCUUCGCGCCGCCAACUGUUCCGACGGCACCACCACUUGCUUUCAAAUCAGUCCCAUCACUGAUAUUGCAGCCAAUUCAGGUUCCACAUCUUGAUAACGGCAUUUUCUUCUCAACGGACAAAUUUAAUUUUUUAAAGGUUAUCCGAAUAUCUGUCCUUUGGUAACAUUUGUUUUCAGGACAUGAACUCUAUCAAGCGGUUCCGUAGAUCUCCCGACUAUUACGAUCAAGUCGAUGAAACAAAAACCAAGUCCAGUUCUACAACUUCAUCGAAAAAAGCGUCGUCGACUGGCGACGAUGAUUACUACGGUAACUUCGAUAGUGGAUCCGAAGAUAAGGACGUUCCGGAACCAACCGGGCUCAAACAAUGCGUUCAUCUCCUAGGAAUUGGUGUCUGA